AUGCCAGGAUUACCCCAAUUCAGUAAUGGCUCAUCACCAGCGAUGAACUGUAUCUCUGCCAAUGGAUUUUGGUCUAAGAAUCGUGACGAUGUUGGCUACAAUCAGCUCCAUAAGUUUUGGAGUGAGCUGUCGCCACAAGCACGGCAGGAACUCUUGAGAAUAGACAAGCAGACCCUUUUUGAGCAAGCUCGGAAAAACAUGUACUGCUCAAGAUGCAACGGAUUGCUCCUUGAAGGCUUUUUGCAGAUUGUUAUGUAUGGAAAGUCUUUGCAGCCAGAUGGAACAGGUUUUCAGUUUUCUUGUGGCAGACCCGGGGGUAUGAAAAAUCAGAGUUACGGUGGAUCGUCUGUUUCCUACGGGGUCCAAGAAGAAAUUCGAGAUCCAUCAGUUCAUCCUUGGGGAGGUUUGACGACGACGCGUGAGGGUUCACUCACACUUAUGGACUGCUACUUGUAUUCAAAGUCUUUGAAAGGAUUGCAAAUUGUAUUUGACGGCGCGCGUGCUAGAGAGCGGGAAAGAGAACUGCUUUAUCCCGAUGCCUGUGGUGGUGGAGGCCGUGGUUGGAUAAGCCAAGGUAUAGUGAGUUAUGGUAGAGGGCAUGGGACGAGGGAAACCUGUGCCCUGCAUACUGCCAGACUUUCAUGUGAUACGCUGGUGGAUUUUUGGUCAGCAUUAGGCGACGAGACAAGACAAUCUCUUCUAAGAAUGAAGGAAGAAGAUUUUAUAGAGAGACUCAUGUUCAGGUUUGACAGCAAGAGGUUUUGCAGAGACUGUAGAAGAAAUGUUAUUCGAGAAUUCAAGGAGCUAAAAGAACUUAAGCGCAUGCGUAGAGAACCUCGUUGCACCAGUUGGUUUUGUGUUGCUGAUACCGCCUUUCAGUAUGAGGUAUCAGAUGACUCAAUUCAAGCUGAUUGGCGCCAAACAUUUGCGGAUACUGUGGGAUCGUAUCAUCACUUUGAGUGGGCUGUGGGGACAACUGAAGGAAAAUCAGACAUUUUGGAAUUUGAAAAUGUUGGAACGAGUGGAUGUGUUCAAGCUAGUGGCUUAGAUCUUGGAGGCUUGAGUGCAUGCUUCAUUACCCUCCGAGCUUGGAAACUAGAUGGACGGUGUACUGAGUUUUGUGUUAAAGCUCAUGCAUUGAAAGGUCAAGAGUGCGUACAUUGCAGGCUAAUUGUAGGGGAUGGUUAUGUUACAAUCACAAAAGGAGAAAGUAUAAAAAGAUUCUUUGAGCAUGCUGAAGAGGCGGAAGAAGAAGAGGAUGAUGAUUUGAUAGACAAAGAUGGGAAUGAGCUUGAUGGAGAAUGCGCCCGUCCACAAAAGCAUGCAAAGAGCCCUGAACUUGCUCGGGAGUUUCUUCUAGAUGCUGCUACAGUUAUAUUCAAAGAACAGGUAGAAAAGGCUUUUAGAGAAGGAACGGCACGUCAAAAUGCGCAUAGCAUAUUCGUUUGUCUUGCACUAAAACUGCUGGAGGAACGAGUUCAUGUUGCAUGCAAGGAGAUCGUUACAUUAGAAAAGCAGACAAAACUUCUUGAAGAGGAGGAAAAGGAAAAACGUGAAGAAGAAGAGCGCAAGGAGAGGAAAAGAACAAAAGAAAGGGAGAAAAAGCUUAGGAGAAAGGAAAGGCUAAAAGGAAAGGAUAAAAAUAAAGAAAGAAAUUGUUCCGAGUCAAUUGAUGUUCCUAGCUCUCCUGAAGGCUCAAAGGAAGAACUGUCUGCACCGGUUGAUUCAGAGCAAAAUAAUGCUAUAACAUGCAUGAAUUCAGGUAAUGCAACUGAUGAGGCUAAUUUAUCACAGCAUGAUUACCUGAACAUCCAAGAUGACGACUUCUCAAGCGAGUCUAGUACUCUCAGAGCACAAGACUGUGCUUAUGGUGACUAUGAUGGAGACGACAUUGCAAAUGCUCAUGACAGGAAUGAUACUUUUACAGCUGAGCAGCCAAAGUUUUAUAAUCAAAGACUUAGAUAUAGGAAAGAUUUUCAACCUGAUAUGUCUUCAAAGUGGUCUGACAGAUCUGAGCCAAGACACUAUGGAGAUAAUUUUGGAACAUCUUCCAGGGGAAUCAAUGUAUUGAACAGACACUCAAAAAUAAAUGUUCCGAAAACCAGUGGUCGUAACAUUGGUCAUAAGUGUAACGAGAAACCCUAUAGUUCCAACUACCGGAUGAGUGAAAAAUAUGAUUUCCAUUCAUGCAGUUGUAGCUUGAACAAUAGAAUGACCAGAAGUAGUUGGGAGAUGAAAGCUGCUAGUAAGUCUGAAUCUACUGUAGAUACAUCUAAACAGUUUUAUCGUGGUAGUAAGUACAAUCAGGUAGACUCAAUGCAUGAGAGUAGCGGAAGACCCAAAAACAGAGUCUUCUCGGGGAACUAUUUUCAAUCAAAGAAAGUUUGGGAACCUACGGAAUCUUUAAACAAGUAUGCUCGUAGUAAUUCAGACUCUGAUGUUACAUUGAGGUCCACAGGUAAGGUAUUUGAGUUUGAUUCGGUCAGGUCGCCUGUUGACGAAGUUGAUGAUUCAGGUGAAAUUGACAAUGAUGGUAGUGAUUUGAAGAGAAGUGGAAUGACCGAAGGCUGUCAGAAUGAUCUUGAUGCAGAAGCCGAAGGAUCUUGCAGCUCCAUAGAAACGAGGAGAUCUACCAUAAAUAAUUCUUCUGAUCGCAGUCAAGGUAGCAUUUCUAGUUCUGAUAACUGCUCAUCAUGCCUUAGUGAGGGUGAUAAUAAUACGACCUCUUCAAACCGUGAAAAUACAGAAUCUUCAAAUUCAGAUUCUGAAGAUGCUAGCCAGAUAUACGAGGUAAGAGAUAGUUCAGUCCGCAAUGACAAUGAUUUGUCUGGCUGUUAUGAACCUGAGAUCAAGAAUACUCAUAACGCAAAUGGUGAUGGUCUGUCGAACAAGUCCCAAUCUGUUCCAUCCUUAGACAUAGCAGAAAGUGAAUCGUUAGGGAAUCAUGUGUUAGAAACUACCCAAAAUUUUGAAAAUGGUACUGUCCAAAAUUUUGAAAAUGGUUUUUCUUCCACCAAUGUACGCUCUCAUCCUGAAAGCAUGCUUCCUCCAAUGGCAAACCGAAACAUACAUUUUCCCGUGUUUCAAACUCCCCCGACAAUGAGUUAUUACCAUCAAAAUCCAGCUUCAUGGCCACCAGUUGCUCCCACAAAUGGGUUGAUGCCCGUUCUACACCCAAAUCAGUAUAUGUAUGCAGGCCCUCUUGGAUAUAACUUAAACGAGGAUCCACGCUACUGCUUGCAGUAUGGUUCCUUGCAACAACCGACACCACAAUUCAACCAUGCUGCUAUUCCAGUUUAUCAUCCAGUUGUGAGAGCUAAGGGCUUAAAUGGAGAGGAACUAAAUCAAACUUCUAAGCCAUCAUCUAUGCAAGAUCAUUUGCAUGAAUCUAUUGCAGAAAGGUUCGUUCCAUAUGCAGCUAAUUCCAGAAAAGCAGUACUAAGCGGGGAAGACCGACAUGGACAUGGCAAUUCUGCCAAGUCACAAGAUAGUAACAAUGACUUUUCAUUGUUUCAUUUUGGCGGGCCAGUAGCCUUUUCAAAUCAAUGCAAGGGAGCUGCUGCAUCUUCAGACUAUGUUGGAGAUUUUAACUCAAAAGGUUUUCCAGACGAUAAAGAUCAUGGUUGCAAUAAGAAAGAGAAUGCUUUCAUAGAGGAGUACAAUUUGUUUGCGGCGAGUAAUACCUGGUUCACAAUUUUCUAA